UCAGAAGAGUCUGUGAUCUCAUUUUUGCAGGACUCUAACCAGGAAACUGCAAGUGUGCCUUUAAUCUCUCCAGCAAAAUGCCAAGCCAGCUUGAGAGUGCAAUGGAUGCACUGAUGACAGUUUUCUACAAUUACUCGGGACAUGAUGGAGAUAAAUACAAGCUCAACAAGGGCGAGCUGAAAGAACUCUUGAACAGUGAGCUCACCGACUUCCUCACGUCUCAGAAAGAUCCCAUGCUGGUGGAGAAAAUCAUGAAUGACCUGGACUCUAACAAGGACAACGAGGUGGAUUUCAAUGAGUUUGUUGUGUUGGUGGCAGCUCUGACUGUUGCCUGCAACGACUUCUUCCAAGAGCAACAGAAGAAAAAGAAAUAGGUGUCCAAAAAAACCCAAUGUCCAUCCACAUUUUAAGCAGUAGCUGAAUUGUGUCGUAGUUUUCCCAGAGCAUAGGAUUGUCAUUUGUGGAUGUAAACGUAACAAUGUACAGACUGGAGCUGUUAAACAAUCACUUGAUCUCACAUGUGUAAUUGGUUUUCUUUUAGUUUAGUCUGCAAAAGAAAGAAUAGAAUAACUUACUGUUGAUUAAUUCAGAGGUAUUUUCCUUAAAAAUGAUAAUGUGGUCAUCAAAAAAACUUUCCUAAAUCCUUACAAGAUUUUGUUCCAACAGA